AUGUGGCCGGCGGGUCCGGGUCCGGGUCCGGGUCCGGGCCCCUUGGCGUCGUCGUCGGGGGGCCCCGGGGGGCCCGGGGGUCCCGGGGGUCCCGGGGGGUCGGCGUCUCCGGGCCCGGGGGUCCGAGGGCCGUGGGCGCGGGAGUCGGCGGGGCUCCUGCGGCGGGCGGCCCUGGGCGGGCACCUGUGGGCGCUGCCCCCGCACCUGGUCCCGGCCGGCAGGAGCGUCCGGAUCUUCAUCAGCGCCAACCCCGAAGAUACAGGAGCUGAAAGACAAGCCCUGAGAGAAAAUGUCUACCCUAAGCUGAGAGAAUUCUGCAGGGAAAACUAUGGCUUGGAAUUCCAGGUCAUAGACUUGUACUGGGGAGUCGAGCCAGAAGAAUGGGACAGUCCAGAGCUACAGAAGACACGGAUGAGGCUCCUGGAAGAUUGCUUGAAAACUUCUGCAGGUCCAUGUUUUGUUGGGCUGUUGGGGGAGAAAUACGGGAAUAUCCGGAUCCCGGGGGAAGUGGAGGCAUCGGAAUUCGAAAUGAUUCUGGAUGCGGCCGUGGAGGCCAAGCUAGAGACCAAGCUCCUAGAGGAGUGGUACUGCCGGGAUGAGAACUCGGUGCCCCCCGCCUACUACCUCCGGCCCAAGGCGGAAAUGCUGAAGACCCACGCCAAGACGGUGGAUCCUCCUGGGAGUACUGAGAGGGAGAAAAAGUGGCAGGAGAUAUCGGAAGAGAUUAAGAAGAUUUUUAAGACCGCGGUGAAACUUCUGCAAGACAAGGGGAAAAUGAAGCAAGGCCAAGCCAAGAGAUACCUCUUUUCAGCGAUCGAGGACGAGUUUGACUUCGCCCUCGGAAACCAGACCCCGGCGUUCCUGAAGAAGUGCGUCUGCUACAUCCGGAAGAUCGCCAACAUCGAGCGCUUCGUGAAGAUCCCGGAGAUGGGCAAGUACAUGGACCUGGCGGGGGCCGAGCCGCGGGUCAUCCGGGACCCCGAAGCGCUGGAGAAGCUGACCAGGCUCAGGGACGCGUUCGUGCCCACCAUCGUGGCCUCGUCCAACCUGCGGGUCUACACGUCCGUGACGCACUGCGACAUGAAGCUAGGCUACUCCCGGGAGGUGGAGAACCACUACAUCGAGGGGCUCUGCAAGCAGUUCUACGAGGACAUGAUCGAUAUCAUCCAGGCCACCGUCCAGCAGAACUUCGACACGGAAACCGACGUCCUCUACGACGAAAUCCUGCAGCACGCAUCGCUCUGCAGGACCUACGCGUCCUUCUUCGAGUACCAGUGUGACGCCCUGGCCAGCGUGCACAGAUACAUCCUGCCCCGGAAACCGGGCCCCGUUCACCCGCUGGUCAUUUACGGGGGGCCCUGCACCGGAAAAACGCUCCUCUUAGCCGAGGUGGCCAAGAAGGCGUACAGCUGGCUGCAUGAAGAAAUGGGCCCGGAUUCAGACCCCGUGGUCGUGGUGCGGUUCCUGGGGACCACGGACCUGAGCACGGACCUCAAGAGCCUCCUGCAGAGCGUCUGCGAACAACUGGCCGCCAACUACCGCCGCCCGGUCCAGAGCUACCCCAAGAAGCCCCACGACCUGCGCGACCUGUUCGUCAACCUCCUGAACGAGUCCUCGCUCCAGCGUCCGCUGGUCCUGGUCCUGGACGCGCUGGAGCAGCUGGCGGAGGGCGACGACGCCAGGAGGCUGUGGUGGUUGCCAGUCCACCUGCCCCGCUCGGUCCGCGUGGUCCUGUCCGCCCUGCCCAACAAGCACGGCCUCCUGCAGAAGCUGAGGAGCCUGAUCCCGGCCGCCGACCACUACCUGGAGCUGGUCCCCGGCGACCGGCGGCUGUGCAGCCGGGUCCUGAAGCAGCAGCUGCUGCGCGUCAAGAGGAAGGUCACCUCAGGCCAGCAGAUCUACGUCAACGAGGCCCUGUCCCGCUGCGCCCUGCCCAUGUUCGUCAAUCUGACCUUCCGGGAGGUAAGGAGCUGGAGGUCGCACAGGGACGUGGACGGGUCCUCCCUCGGCGUCACGGUGCACGAGGGCAUCGAGCAGCUCUUCCGCUCCCUGGAGGAGGCAUGCGGGCCCCGGCUGAUCGCCCGGGCGCUGGGCUACCUCACCGUGGCCAAGGCGGGGCUGAGCGAGAUGGAGCUGGAGGACGUCCUGGCGCUGGACGACGGCGUCAUGGCGGAGCUCCGCCGGGACGGCGGGCCGAGCGACCCGCUGCGCGUCCCCUACAUGCACGUCGCCCGGCUCAAGGAGGGCCUGCGCGGCUACCUGAUCGAGCGCCACGUGAGGAACGUGACGCUGCUGGUGUGGGCCAACAGGCACCUGCAGCUCGUGGCCCAGAAGCGCUACCUGAGGGACGAGGCCGACCUGCGGGAGAUGCACGCCGUCCUGGCCGACUACUUCCUGGGGGUCUGGGCGGGCGGGCGGAGGAAGGGCCUGGGCAGGGGCGGGAGCGGCAGGGUCGUCGAGAACCCCGCCGUGCCCGGGGGGAGCCGGAACCCGCGGGUGGCGGAGGAGGAGGAGGAGGAGGGGGAGGAGGAGCAGUUGGCGGGGCGGGCCGCCUUCGACCGACAGGCCCCGGACCAGCCCUGGGUCUUCCAGUGCAACCCGCUGGAGCCCGACAUCUUCUUCGUCAACCACCGGAAGAUGACGGAGCUGUCGCACCACCUGACCCGCUGCGGGAAGACGGACGACCUGCUCUACGGGGUCAUCAUGAACUUCAGCUGGCUGUACACCAUGAUCAAGAUCGGCCGCUUCGACGGGGUCCUGGCGGACAUCGACCUGGCCUACGGCUGCUCGCAGGAGAAGGAGCUGAGGUUCCUGGCCAGCACCCUGCGGGGCAUCAAGGGCGAGGUCACGGCCCGGCCCGGCUCGCUGUCGGCCGAGCUGCAGCAGCGGCUGCUGCCCGUGGUGGGCUCCCUGCCCAAGCUGCGCCACCUGCUCCUCGAGUGCGACCGGGACGGGCCCAAGUACUGCUCCAUCGUGCCGCUCCACUCCUCCAUGGACGUGGCCUACAGCCCCGAGCGGCUGCCGCUGGCGGCCAGCCACGUCCAGGUGACCGAGGUCCUGCCCACGGGCCGCCCGGGCACCGUCCUGGCCGCCCUGGAGGACGGCUCCAUCAGCACGUGGGACGUGGAGACGCGGCAACUGCUGCGGCGCAUCACCACGGCCCAGUCGGUGGUCCUGGGCAUGAAGCUCAGCGGCGACGAGAGGUACCUGGUGGUGGCCACGGCCCACAACACGCUGCUGAUCUACGACCACGCCAACUCCCGCCUGCUGUCCGAGGUGGAGGUCAAGGGCGCCCGGCCCGGGGGCGGCACCCGCCUCAUCAACGGCUUCGCCCUCUCCGCCCACCACGCCCUGGCCUGGCUGGAGGCCAGCAAGGCGGUGGCCGUGGUCGACCUGCUCUACGGGUGGCCCCUCUACCAGUUCCACUGCUGGUACGAAGUGACCUGCGUCCGGUGCUCGCCCGACGGGCUGUACGCCUUCUGCGGGCAGUGCCUGAACACUACUACCAUCUUCCACCUGGGGAGCGGGGAGAAGCUGUCCACGGUGACCUCUGAAUUCUCGGGGGGCUUCAUCCAGUUCCUGCUGGUCCUGGACGCCGCCCGGGAGCUGGCCAUGGUGGACAACGAGGGCAGCCUCUCCGUGUGGAACACCGAGGAGAUGAGCAACCCCCAGCUGACCGACGACUUCGACUGCCGCCGGGGGGACGGCGAGGUGGUCGGCCUCGAGCUGUCCGAAGACCAGAGCGCCGUGCUGAUCUGCAAGGCCCUGGGCCUGGAGCUCCUGGACACCGGCGCCUGGAAGGUGGCCGAGAAGUUCCGGGCCCGGCACGGCGAGCGCUUCGCCUGCGCCGUGCUCGCCCGGGACGGCCGCUGCAUCAUCGCCGCCAUGGAGAACACCUCGGCCGUCUUCUUCUGGCGGCGGGACACGGGCCAGUGCCUGGCCAACCUGCAGGAGGUGUCGGGGAACGUGGUCAAGCUGGUCAGGUCCUCCCAGCACGACAUGCUGCUCUCCCUCUCGACGGGCGGGGUGCUCUCCCUCUGGGACGUGGACCUGAUCACGGCCGUGUCCAACGUGGACAAGACCGGACGGCCCAUCCGGCGGCUGGUCCUGCCGGCCCGGGGCGAGUCCGUCUACUCCCUGGACGGCUCCGAGGCGGUACACAAGUGGCACCUGGGCCACGGGUUCGUGGAGGCCGUGUUCCGGCACGAGGGGGCCGCGGAGCACUGCGUGCUCACCUCCGCCGGGGACCUCAUGGUCUCCGCCGAUGACCGCUGCAGCCAGUACGUCUGGCGCACGGGCAGCGGCGAGAACCUCUUCCGCAUCAGCGGGCAGAGGAUCUCCCAGCUGAUGCUCACCCACAACGACCAGUUCGUCGUCUCCCUCUGCCAGGAGAGCGCCUCGCGGGUCUGGCGCUUGGCCACCGGCCACCGGGUCUGCCGCAUCCUGGCCGCCCUGCGGGACGCCUUCGUCACGGCGGCCAACACCUUCGUGGUGGGCGUGGCCGAGAACAAGGUGCUGGCCGUCAGCCUGUGGACCGGGAGCAUCACCAAGCGCUUCUGCUGCGAGGACGGGGCCUCCAUCGUCGACUUCAGGCCCGUCCCCGACUGCCCGGACGUGGUGGCCUUCAUCACGUCCGCCGAGACCGUCACCCUCUGGAGCCUGACCGACGAGGUGGUCUGCCGCCGGGUGCAGCUCCCCGGGGACUUCCUCAGGGACCUGGGGGACUUCGAGGUCUCGCCCAACGGCCGGCUGGCCGUCCUGUCCCACGGCGACGAGAAGAUCCACGUGCUGGACCUGCACAGCGGGAAACUGCGGGUGGUGCCCGCCUCCGGCGGCGUCUGGCGGCAGAAGCUGUCCCGCGACGGCCGCUACCUGGUCUACGUCUGCUUCCGCCACUCUGAGGAGGACGAGGACGGGGACGGGGGCGGCCCGUCCAGCCUGGUCGUCGUCAGGCUGGCCGACGGGAAGACCAUCGGCGCCUGCUCGCUCUACAAGCUGCCCACCUUCCUGGCCCUCUCCCAGAGGCACCUGAACAUCAUCGUGGGCUUCGAGGACGGCAGCCUCGGCGUGUACACCGUGGUGGACCGCGUGGACGCCGCCCUCAAGAUCAAGAUAGCCACGUCCAACAGCCGGCAGCUCUUCGGCGGUGCCACGCAGACCGCCCGGCCCCGGCGUCGCCGGCACGGCUUCAAGGCCGCCGCCGACUGCGUCUGGCGGGAGUCCACCGAGGUCUUCGCCCGGGACAGCCCUGUCCCUGUGGCCCACCCUGGGGAACCCCCGGAAGGCACCCCCUCCAAGAGACACAGCCAUGGCUGCGACAGGGCCAGCGCCACCCCUGACGGUGGGACCUCUGGCUUCCCCGCUGACGACUGACCGGCCCGGGGUCCCAGAGACCCCGGCCCCGGCCCCCCCUCGCCCCCACCCCCGGUUUGGGAGAGACAGUGUCCCCCUCUCAAGGAAAGAGAGAGAGAUGAAGAGAGAGAGGGAGAGAGAGAGGAAUUCCCCACCGACAAUUCAUCAGCACGGGGUCUCUGAUGCCCCAGCUCUGGCCCCAGUCCAGCCUGCACCCCAGCUCAGAAGAGACGGUGCCCCCCUCUGAAGGAGCGAGAGAGAGAGAUUCCCUGCCACCAAUUGAUCAGCCCAGGGUCCCAGAUGCUCCAGCUCCAGCCCAGGCUGACCCCCCUGUCCCCUCACCGGGAGAGUUGUGGAAGAGAAAGAGUAAGGGAGAGGGAAAAAGAGGGCGAGAGAGAGAGAUUCCCCACUGACAGUUGAUGAGCUCGAGGUCCCAGAUGCCUCUGCCCCAGUCCGGCCUGCCCCAGGCCCGGGAGAGACCAUCUCCCCCUCUGAAAGAGAGAGAGAGGGGAAAGAAAGAGACACACACAGUCUGGGCGUGGAGGUGGAAAGGAGGGUGAGAAGGCCCAACGUGUAGGAAAGAGGCAGGAAGAGGUGAGACCUGGCCGGACCUGGGGGGGUGAGGUAAAUCAAGGUGGGAUUAGGAGGGAUGGGGCGAGACGAGAAGGGACUUCUCCAGGCUGGACUCCUGGCUGCAUCCUCAUCAGUGCCUUCCCCACCAUUCACAACACUUUCUCUGCAGCCUCGGUGGGGAAGCCGAAGAGCGACCUCUCAACCUGGUCUUGAUCCACUCGGCCAGUUAUUUCCACCCACAGGUAGGAGCCCAGCCACGUGCCCUACCUGCCCCGGUAGUGGGCCGUGGGCCCGGACUCCUUCCUGGACAAAUCAGGUGCCCCCAGGGGUCCGGGAUGGGCCACAGAGCCUCCGGAGAAAAGCCCCGGGCUUCCCCCUUGCCCUAAGAUGGCAGGCAGGACCAAGGGCACUGGAGGCCGGCGAAGGUGAGGGCACCGCGUUAACCCAGCAUUCGACCCGGGCACGGAUCCCCUGUGCCUUCCUGAAGUUAACACCGCCAAAUCCGCAGCCUCGGAUUCUCCCCAAAGAACUCUCAGCAAAAGGUAUCUCCCGCCCUGAUUGACCACAGACAAGUUUCACAUAGUCCCAGGGUGAUACAUUUUGGUUUUUUUCCGGUGACUCUCCAACCACCCCUUUGUUGAGGAAUUCAGUGAGGGCAUCGUGAAGAAAAUCAGGCGGGCACCGGCUGGCUCCAUCAGGUAAAGGGGCACCUGGGCGCUGGCCAACGGCCAUUCAGAAGUCAGUCCUCAGCCCCGCAAAGGGCAUGAGGCAAGGAAGCUUUUCAGACAUGCUGUGGAUUCGAUUCUGAGAACAUUUGCCUUACGAUCAUUCCUGAGCUGACUGCAGAUCAGAUGACCAAAUUCUCUGGGAUGACCAGAAUAUGCCUGUAAUCUGUGCUGAAAUGUUCUAUCCCCUUUGGGGCCAUUCCCAUUUGUCAUCGGUUUCUCACUCCCUUGUGCCGUGAGUGUGCUUUGCACCCACUCCACUUCCUGCUUUAAGACUGUUCCCGCUCUGCUCUCUAGGGCUAUCCGUUUCGAGGCAGAAGCCGGGAAAUACUACUGAGUGGGAAAUCUUUUUAUCCCUCUCCCAUCAGAUGGAAAGAAAUGAGCACUUCCGUCUUUCCAGGUGAACCGUACCCCUUCCUCUCCCUUGGCCCUGGCUGGUCCUAGGUGAACAGCACAAGGACUUAGCUGCCUAUGGCAGGAGACACAUUCCCCAGCAGAACCCUAGCCUGGGAGUCCCAAGGCCUGGGUUCAAGUCCUAUGCCCCCCCACAGGAUCCCUGUGCCAAGGUUCUUAACCUCCUCUGGGUUCAGCUUCCAGUGGGUAAAAUGAGGGCAUUUCUUUCCUUCAACGUCUGUAGUGGGGGCAGAGUAAGGAGUUGAGGAAGCACUCUAUGAGCUUAAGGCAUUAUUCAUAUAAUUAUCAAAUCACCGUUUAUGAGUCUAUUCUCUGUCUGCCCGGGUGGUGGUCAAUUCAUUCAAUCGUAUUUAUUGAGGUCAA